AUGAACGACAAGGCCAAAACGUCUGAAGCCACGCACGCGGAGCAAGCCAGCGACAUUGAAUCGAACAAAAGCGAAGAUGCUUCCCGUGGAGCUGGCGGUUUCGUCGAUGAUAAGAAACGAGCUCGAAAACUCAGACGUGAGAUGGACAAACGUAUACUGCCACUAUGCGCUUUCGUCUACCUAUUGAACUAUCUCGAUAGAGGGAACAUUGGGAAUGCCAAAGUCCUCAAUAACGAGAGCCAGGACGAUCUACUCAACCAGACCAAUAUGUCAAACACCGACUACCGCGUGGCAGUCUCGUUGUUCUCCCUAGCUUAUGCACUGUUUGAAGUGCCCAGCAAUUGGAUCAUGAAAAGAUACGUCAGGCCGAGCGUAUGGUUAGCGACUCUCCUUGGAGCUUGGGGAUUAUUCACCAUUGGAUUCGCUGGAGUGCAGAACUUUGCACAAGUCACCGUACUGAGAUUCUUCAUUGGAGUCUUUGAAGCAGGCUUCUUUCCGGGAAUUGUCUAUCUGAUAACCUUUUGGUACCCCGUGGAAGAAAGAUCUGUUCGGAUAGCAUUCGUGCUUGCAUCCGCCACUGCAGCUGGAGCAUUUGGCGGCUGCAUCGCGUACGGUGUCGGUCAUCUGAACGGCCGUGGCAAUCUUGAAGGGUUCCGGUGGCUGUUCAUCAUAGAAGGUGUUAUCACUGUGGCCUGCGUUUUCCUUGUGCUGUGGAGCCUGCCAGACUACCCGGCCCGCGCAAAGUUCCUGAGCGAGGACGACAAGAAAUUCGUGCAAGACCGGAUAGCUGUCAAAGGCGGUGGGUACACUCAGGAAAGAUCAUCUAGGAAAGAAGUACUCGCCACCGUGUUCAGCCCAAGAAUGAUGGCGCAUUACCUAGCCUAUCUGACUGACUGCGUCCCUCUCGGCUCUCUCACAUUUUUCAGCCCGACGAUUGUCUCCGGCCUUGGAUAUACGUCGAUCGAGGCGCAGCUAAUGACUGUCCCCCCGUGGGUUGUUGGAUAUGUCGUGUGUCUGCUGGUGGGUUGGUCUGCAGAUCACUUCAAUGCUCGUGGCUGGCAUAUAUUCGGCUCCUCGACACUUGGCGGCAUCGGUUGGCUCACGGCUGGUCUUCUUCCGGUGGAUGCCUAUGCAGCUCGAUAUGGCUGCCUAAUGCUUUGCGCAUGUGGUGCCUUUCCCAGCUCGGGACCCCUGAGCGCGUGGGUUACGUGCAACGUUCCGGCCAUUGCAUGCAUGGGAAUUGCAACAGCUCUAAACAAUAGUGCAGYGGGAGUAUCUCAGAUCAUCGCGCAGUGGAUAUGGAUUCCCUCAGAGGCACCACAGGGAUAUCCGACUGGCAACUAUGUUUGUGCAGCUUGCAGCUUUGCAACUGCAUUGAUCGCCCUUGGAAUGCGACUCAAUUAUGGUCGUAUGAAUGAAUGCUAG